AGACCGAGCUGCUCCUGCUUCUGGGUCACCUGAGAGGUGCGCGGCGCCAUCUAUUGUUCCGGCGAAGACGAGCGGUUACUGCAGCCCGACGGAUGUUUGUUUCGCCCUGGGUGUGAAUAGAGCGUACUGUAUGUCGGCGAUUCACGCUAAACUUUUCCAGGGGAAACGAGGACUUCUUUAUAAAAACCUUAGAGGAAGAAACUGACAUGACCGGUGUCUGAUAAAGUCAAGAUCACUGGGAUAUAGCGAUAUCGCUGCUUCCCUGCCCGGGAACUGAGUGGGAAUAAUGGCUUCGAUGAGCUCCAUAGAAGCGGUGAAGAGGAAGAUCCAGAGCCUGCAGCAGCUGGCGGACGAUGCGGAGGAGCGGGCAGAGAUGCUGCAGAGAGAGGUGGACGAGGAGCGGACGGCCAGAGAGAGAGCCGAGGCUGAGGUGGCGUCCCUGAACAGACGUAUCCAGCUGGUGGAGGAGGAGUUGGAUCGCGCUCAGGAGAGACUCGCCACUGCGCUACAGAAGCUGGAGGAGGCUGAGAAAGCCGCGGAUGAGAGCGAGAGAGGAAUGAAGGUGAUAGAGAACAGAGCAACAAAAGAUGAGGAGAAGAUGGAGAUCCAGGAGAUGCAGCUGAAGGAGGCCAAACACAUCGCUGAGGAGGCUGACCGCAAAUAUGAGGAGGUGGCGCGUAAACUGGUGAUUCUUGAGGGUGAGCUUGAGCGCUCUGAGGAGCGAGCUGAAGUGGCUGAGGCUCGAGUCAGGCAGCUGGAAGAGGAACUUAGACUCAUGGACCAGAAUAUGAAAUCCAUGAUGGCCGGAGAGGAAGAGUACUCCACGAAGGAAGACAAAUAUGAAGAAGAAAUCAGAGUACUCACUGACAAACUCAAAGAGGCUGAAACACGUGCUGAGUUUGCUGAGAGGUCUGUGGCGAAGCUUGAGAAGACCAUUGAUGAUUUAGAAGAGAAACUGGCCCAGGCCAAGGAGGAGAAUCUGAACAUGCACCAAGUGCUUGACCAGACCCUUCUGGAGCUCAACAAUUUAUAAAGACGGAGUCUCACAGCACACUAAGCUCUCCAGCGGGGCCUGACGCAGCUCUUUGCUUUGAUAAGUCAUGUCUUUAUAGUCACACACUUGCCAGUUUCUUUCCAACAGUCCGAUGCAAACAAUGUCUUGCAAUAAUAGCAAUGCAGCAGUAUGUUAAACAAAUCAUUUAAUUGGAUUUGUAGUAUUUGUAAUAAAAUCAUUGUGACCUCUUUAUUAGAUUUUUUGAAGCAUUGUUUACUACAAAUGUAGUUUUUGACCUCAACUGAAAAAAUGCUGUAAUUUUCAACUUUAAAUUUAACCCUACCAACAAUUUAAAGGAAAGGUUUUGUACAAUGGAAUCACUUUUGAGGUUACUAUUUUUAAGCAUUUUCAUUGAUUUGUACCAAAAUGCACAUCCUGUGAUUGUAACCUGCAAAAAUUGUAACAUGAAUGUUCUUGUAUGCAGUGCUACAAACGUGUGGCCUUUCAAUGAAAUCUGCUGUUCCAAAUGCAACAUAUGCUAUUUAAAUGCAGAUCUCAUGUCCUACUCCCAAAGGGUCCAAAAAUUAAU